UUCAGCUUAUAGUUUAGUGCGAUAUCACCGUAGACUCGAGUUUCAUGCUCUGAAUUUCCUCCUGGCUGCUAAUCUAUUUUAUAUGGGUUGUCAGGUUGAAAAUUUGACGCUUUUUGCCCUCUCUUCUCAUUCCUAUCGAGAUCUUCCCAGCACACGCUUCCUCUCCAUCUCUCCAUCUCUCAUUCGCAUUUUCUCAGCCAUGAUUCAUUUGCGAAAGCAUCCAUGGCAUGCUCAUCGGUGUCUCCAAUCACGUUGCACCACUACGGCAUGGAGCAGUAUAGUCGUUGGGCCAUCAGUAAACCGGCCCGAUAGCCACAAACCAUUGUUAACCGCCUACAGAAUUAGACUGCUGGUUUGCCCUCCACUUAGCCUUCCAUGGGGCGCAGUAGAAGUGGCUAGCGGUCGCAGUCCGUACAGUGACUCCUCGACUCUUCAGCUACUACUCUGCUUCGGCUGCUUGUUAUGUAGGUUGAUGUGCAUCCUGGUCACGAACAUCAACGCCUCUGUACUAUCGGUGCCCAUGUUUCUUGUCAUCGCUAUCCCAGUUGUCGUCACACGGUCCCUGGUACAACCGAGUGCGCGAAGAGGGCUCUCAGGGACGCCUAUCACGGACAAUUUGGAAUCACGUUCAUUUUUUGCUGUCGUUCUGCGCAGCAAGAUCAAAACCAUGCUGUGGUGCCACUAGUAUGGGCCCCGUGAUUGAUGGUGCUACCGAGUUUGGUUCUCUUGGGGCCCGUGCUAUGUCGUGGGAGGGCAUCCUAAUACUUUCUGCAUUCCAUAC